UCACAAUCUCGCGAGAAGAGACAUGUGACGUCUAGAUUCGCUGUCCGGCAGGAGUCAAGGAGCUACACUUUUAAACAGUGAUCGGGGUCUGCUGGUUGUGGCAAGGAAAUCGGGGCUCUCCCGGGAAAAGCAGGACGUCGGGCGGUAUGAGAGGCAUUUUUAUAUAUCAACAUAAGCGCUGAAGACUACUUGCCUGACCUGUUCCUGGAUAUAUGGAAUACAUUGGAUACUGGGGGGAUUUUCAGCUGGGUAGCAGACCUGGUAGUUACUACCCCCUAGGCAUUAAUGUAGCGCGUUGUGUGUAGUCGUUUUCAUGUAAGUGACUGGAUAUAUUUACUACAAUACCAUUGAGCCCCACAGCUUGGAAGAAAACGUCCCUUUCUCCUGUAUUUUCCUUUUCCUCCUCCCUGUCCUAUUUAUCCGGAGAGCCUAGUCCAUUGCUUCUCACUCCCCACCCCAAGCGGGAUGUUUUCCCGGAGAGGUCAUGGAGACCUCAAGAAAUCUACACAGAAAGUUCUGGACCCAAAGAAGGACGUACCCACCCGACUGAAGCACCUGCGGGCUGUGCUAGAUAAUCAGGAGUCGGGUGAACUGAAGCAGUUUUUUGAAGCUUCUUAUUCUCACAUUUAUUUUAUCUUCUAUGAAAAUUUCAUUACACUGGAAAGUAGCUUAAAGCUAAAAGGGAAUAAAUCACAGAGGGAGGAGCUGGACUCCAUUCUCUUUCUUUUUGAAAAAAUUCUACAACUACUACCUGAACGGAUAUUUUAUCGCUGGCAGUAUCACAGUAUAGGAUCAGUUUUAAAAAAGCUUUUACACACUGGAAACUCUAUAAAGAUACGAUGUGAAGGAAUGCGACUCUUUCUCCUUUGGCUUCAAGCACUGCAGACCAACUUUGGAGAGGAACAGGCACUAAUAUUUGCAUGCCUUGUGCCCGGCUUUCCUGCUGUAAUGUCAUCAUGGGGUCCCUGCACGCUGGACAAACUUAUAAACCCUACUUACAGUUUACCAGAUGGUAAAAUUCUACCAGAGGAAAUAACACCACUAUUGCCCGCUGUGUCUGGUGAAAAAAAUCCUGAAGACCAGAGCUGUUUUUUCUUGGAAUUGCUGUUAAAAUAUAUGGUAAUCCAGGCUGCAAGCUUACAAUGGAGAAACAAAGAAAACCAGGACACCGGCUUCAAGUUUCUGUUUAACAUGUUUAGAAAGUAUUAUCUGCACCACUUAUUUCCAUCCUUUACUAAACUAACCAACCUUUACAAACCUGUACUUGAUAUUCCUGAUGUCAGACCAAAGCCAGUUUAUGUCACUUUAACCCGGAACAAUGAAAACCUUUAUAGCACAAAAAUCCCGCACAUGGCAGCUAGAGUUCUGUUUAUAAAGUGGUUGGUCACAUUCUUUCUGGAAAAGAAAUACGUAGUAUCUUCUCAAAGCACUAAAAAUGGGGGAGGAGAUGUUUUACCCAAGCUUAUCCAGUCUGUGUCCGUGGCCAACGUCAACCAAGAAAAAAAUCCCGAACUGGAGAGCAACAUUGGCCCGGCUGAGCACGAAAAGAACCACUCAAACAGCAGUACCCUGUCAGAUAGAAGAGCCAGCAACGCCAGCCUUUGUAGUAUUGAGGAGGAUCAGAAAAGCGUAUAUGAGAUGGUGCAGAGAAUCCUGCUCUCUACACGGGGCUAUAUUAAUUUUAUCAACGAGGUGUUUAGGCAGGCAUUUCUAUUGCCAGCCUGUGAUGUAUCUGCUACCAAGAAGGUUGUAAAAGUAUAUAGAAAAUGGAUCCUGCAAGACAAGCCCAUAUUUAUGGAGGAGUCUACAAAGACAUCUAGUGACCAUGAGAAUUUUCCUGUACUGGAGUCCACUGUUACAGAGACAGAUAGUAAACAGGUCUCUGAACAAAGUGGGCACAAACGUUCUUCUAGCUGGGGAAGGACAUACUCUUUCACCAGUGCUGUGAGCAGAGGCUGCGUGUGUGAAGAUGAGAACAUGGAUGUACAAGCUGGGGAUCAAGCUGCAUUGCAGGUGUUCCUAACCAACUCAGCAAAUGUCUUUCUGUUGGAACCUUGUCCAGAGGUCCCUAUGCUCUUGGAGGAACAAGUUGAAGCCUGCAAAUCUGUUCUAAGUAUUUACAGGCGCAUGAUCAUGGACCUUGCUAUGGACAAGAAAACAUGGGAGCAAAUGCUGCAGAUAUUGCUGAGGAUAACAGAAGCCGUUGUUCAGAAACCAAAGGACAAUGUGAAGAAAGACCUCUACUCUCAGGACUUGGCCGGUGUUCUAUUUCGGACUCUCAUUGUAGCUUGGAUUCGAGCCAAUCUGUGUGUUUAUAUAUCUCGAGAUUUGUGGGAUGAACUACUGAGUGUCCUGUCCUCACUUACCGACUGGGAAGAACUUAUUAAUGAGUGGUCGCAGAUUAUGGAUUCUCUCACCGCAGUGCUGGCCAGGACGGUGUAUGGUUUAGAUAUGAACAGCUUACCUCUAGACAAGCUCAGUGAGCAAAAGGAGAAGAAACAAAGAGGCAAAGGUGGCUUCCCAGAUCCUCAGAAAGGAGCUGCUGUUGGCAGGUCAUUUUCGCUUAGUUGGAGGAGCAAUCCAGAGUCUCACGAACCUAUGAGAUUUCGGAGUGCCACCACCUCAGGAGCACCUGGGGUGGAGAAAGCAAGGAACAUUGUGCGGCAAAAAGCAACAGCUAAGCGAAGCCAAUCUAUCAGCAACUGUGUGCAUCUCUAUGAGGCAUUGCCAGCAGCUAAAAGUGUCCCUCAUCUUCUGCACACUGUGAGCUCUCUCUUACCUGGUAUUUCUUCUACUUCUUGUUCUCAAAGGCUUUCAGAAGUUGAUGAAAUACAGCCACAGGAAGGUGCUGCAGGAUCUGAAUCUUGUUCUGGAAAUUGUGAACAAGAAUCACAGGAAUUAGCACGCAGUUGCAGUACAUCUGACUUAGCAGAACCAUGUCCUGAUCUUACUCAAGGUCAGAAAAUUGACUACUCUAUAAGUGAAAGUUCUACUGACUCCACAUUUGUCCAAGAAUCUGCUGGAAGAGGAAAGAGCGAUAAUGAUGCCCCAACGAUAUUCGUAGAGAGGAGCAGUAGCCCUGUUGAACUGGAGUGGACUACUGAUUCUCAGUCUUCAAAUGGAAGAGCUGCUUAUCAUGAGAAAGGGGAGAGUGUAAGCAGCGAUAUUGCUAAUGGGUACAUUAAGGAUGCUGAGAUUUAUCUGAUGCCCUGGCAGAGUAGUGAGGAAGAUCAUGAAGUGAAUACACCAACUGACGUGGCUAUUGAUCAUGAUGCGAGACAGUGGCUUCAGCUCAGUCCAGCUGAUCCAAUUCCGCUCACAGAUAGCAUUGAGUGUCUUGCUGGGGACUGUAGCAUAAUUGCUGGUGGAAAUUUAACUGGAUGGCAUCCAGAUUCUGCAGCUGUCUUGUGGAGAAGAAUUUUGGGGAUUCUCGGCGAUGUGAAUAACAUCCAGUCUGCAAAAAUCCAUGCCAGAGUUUUUGGCCAUCUCUAUGACCUGUGGUAUAAAUUGGCAAAGAUUAGAGACAACCUGUCAAUCAGUUUGGACAAUCAGUCUUCUCCUGCACCACCUGUAUUGAUUCCACCUCUGAGGAUGUUUGCAUCAUGGUUAUUUAAGGCUACAACCUUGCCAAAUGAGUACAAGGAAGGAAAGCUGCAAGCUUACAAACUGAUUUGUAGUAUGAUGACCCGCCGACAAGAUGUGCUCCCAAAUUCAGAUUUUUUAGUUCAUUUUUAUCUCAUCAUGCACACUGGGUUAAAUAGCGAUGAUCAGGACAUAUUGAAUGCAGUCAUAAGGCAUUGUCCAUCUCGCUUUUUCUUCCUUGGCCUUCCUGGAUUCACCAUGCUCAUAGGGGACUUCAUCACGGCUGCUGCCCGGGUACUGAGUGCAGACAUGUUGGAGGCUCCACGAUUGGAAGCUCAGACUAUCCUGGGGUCACUUGUUAGCUUUCCAAAUGUGUAUAAAGAUCUCCCAUUACUUGGGUCUUCGGCUGGGGAAACGGAUACCAGCACAGAACAUAAAGAUAUUAAGAGCUAUUUAAUUGAUAAACUCUUGAAGAACGCCAAAGAUGAGCCUGUGGAAGUAGCUAGGUGUAUUGCAAUCUGCUCUCUUGGCCUGUGGAUUUGUGAGGAACUUGUACAGAACACCAAUCAUCCUCAGAUUAAGGAUGCCAUUAACGUCAUAGGAGUAACAUUAAAGUUUCCAAACAAAACAGUGGCUCAGAUGGCAUGCGAUGUUCUUCAGCUGUUGGUUUCCUACUGGCGUGAACUCCAGAAUACGGAUUUACCUCUGUCCAGAAAAAUUACUGAAAUUCUUGUAGCUACAAUUUCAUUCCUUUUACCCAGUGCUGAAAAUUCCUCUGUGGAGAUGGAUAAAAAGCUUAUUGUCUCACUUCUGCUGUGCAUUCUGGAUUGGUGCAUGGCUCUACCUCUUGACAUCUUGUUAGAGCCAAUAUCUACCUUCACAAUUGAUGAAUCUCAUUCACCCAAAGCAUCUCUCCUUGACUACAUAUACAGGGUCUUGCACUGCUGCGUUUGUGGAUCCAAUACAUAUACUCAGCAAAGUCAGUACAUUUUAAGUUUGGCAGACCUCUCCUCCAUGGACUAUGAUCCAUUUCUGCCUCUGGGGAAUGUGAAAAACUCCGAGCCACCACAGUUCUUUUCCACUGUUGAACUAGGUGAUCUCCUUACUGUUGUAGAAGAGAAGAAAAGAAGAAACUUGGAGCUCAUACCUUUAACUGCACGUAUGGUCAUGACCCACCUUGUCAAUCACUUGGGACAUUUUCCUCUGAGUGGGGGCCCAGCAGUUUUGCACAGCUUAAUCAAUGAGAAUCAAGAUAACCCAUAUGUUGAAGCAUCUGAGCUUUCUAAUGAAGUUUUCAGGAGUCCUAAUUUGCAGCUAUUUGUAUUCAACGAUAGUGCACUUAUAUCUUAUUUGCAGAUCCCUGCAGAAAACACCAUUGAUCGGGACCCAACGGGGGUUCCUGGUGAUGUCCGGAUUAUUGUCAGGGAUAUCUCAGGGAAGUAUUCUUGGGACGCUGGAAUAAUGUAUGGACCACUGGAAUGCAAUCCAAUACUCAAGAAGGAACAAACAGUUCUAAAUGUAUCUCAGGAUCUUGUAGAGCCGAGUGUAUGUAAAACAGGGCUAGCUGAUGGAGAAGGGGAGGACUUGCUUGAUACACUCCUGGAAAAGCUUGGAACUGUAAGUCCAGAGUGCCUACUUGGGCCAGAGUCAAAGCUAAAUGAACCUGCCUCACCUCCCUAUGGCAUGAAUCGAGAGCAAGAGGAGGCAAUCAUACAGGCAAUUAACAGACAAAAUACGCAUGAGGCACAGCAUGUACAAAUGUGCAACGCUGAUCCCGGUGUGAAAGUUGCAUGCCAGGAAGAGCCAAGUACAACGCAACCACAAGCCCCAUUUUAUUUCUGUAGGCUUUUGCUAAAUGAUUUAGGGAUGAACUCCUGGGAAAGAAGGAAGAAUUUUCACCUGCUAAAGAAAAACGCCAAGCUCUUGAGGGAACUAAAGAAUCUGGAUUCAAGACGGUGCCGUGAAACACACAAGAUUGCAGUGUUUUAUAUUGCUGAAGGACAAGAGGAUAAGCGUUCCAUUCUCUCAAACAGUGCUGGAAGCAAGGCCUAUGAAGAUUUUUUAGGAGGACUUGGAUGGGAGGUUGACCUUUCUACUCAUUGUGGAUUUAUGGGUGGUUUACAGCGGAAUGGAAGUACUGGACAAACUGCUCCAUACUAUGCUACCUCUACAGUUGAAGUGAUUUUUCAUGUGUCUACACGAAUUGUGUCAGAUUCUGAUGACUCGCUGAACAAAAAGCUACGUCAUUUGGGGAAUGAUGAAGUACAAAUUGUGUGGUCGGAACAUACUAGGAACUACAGGAAGGGUAUUAUACCCACUGAUUUUGGAGAUGUUUUAAUUAUUAUCUACCCCAUGAAGAAUCAUAUGUUUUUUAUAGAGAUAAUGAAGAAACCGCAGGUGCCAUUUUUUGGUCCACUUUUUGAUGGUGCAAUUGUAACAGAGAAGCUCCUGCCAACACUUGUUUGUGCUACCUGUAUCAAUGCCAGCAGAGCUGUGAAGUCCCGCUUACCUCUCUACCAGAGCUUAGGAGAAAGCAUAUUCUUUUGAUGAUAUCUCACUCAGGUGAUGUGCAGGUAUACUGUAAACGACACCAUAAUAGUCAAUUGAUACUGCACUGGUUUUAUAUAGGGACUGGUCACUUGAAUAAGUUGUUAAAUCAUCACUAUUUUUAAUGUUUAUUGUACUUUGUAUUUCAUUUAUAUAGGUGGUGUAUAUAUAUUCUCCUUUUGCUUUCUUGUCCUUUGCGUCUAAAAUGGUGAUACUGACUGACCUUAUAAUUGUGGAAUAACCUAAACUGCCAUUGUCUCAUGCUCAUAGACUUUUUGUUGUGUCAAAAUCCCUUUAAAAGAAGCUAGAAUCUACCAGGGGCAGUGGCAAGAUGUCAUUGACUGCAUAGGCAGCUGAAUGUGGCCUUAAAUUGAACUCACCAUAGCAGAUAUGCUUGGGUUUUCUCAUAUUGUGUGCAGAAACAUGGCAUACAACUGUGAUAUGAGAUAUGUAGUCACUUGUUCUAAGCCCGGUUCUCCAGAAACCACUGGGAAUAUAGUGGCCAUUUAAUUAGUUGUUGUUACUGUAGCUAAGGAUGUAAAUGUGGUAAGAAAAAAUCAAUUGUUUGGCAUUCUGGCUUCCAUCAAAUGCUACAUGUUCCUGUUUUUGAUCUACUACUACUGUUCUUUAGCAAUUAACAUGUAUAUUUAUGUAUUAUUGAUUUAGCACGGUGAAUGCGCAAAUCAGGUUAGAAGACAAAGACUUUGACCUUAUUACUGAGUAAUGUUCUUUCACUUAAAUCAUUCUUGACUGCUUUCCGUUGCCGAUGUUUGUCUUUAGAAGGCUCUACGAAGGUCUUCGGACUAGUUUACCAGGUGAUUGCUUGUUUCUGGUAGCAUGGAGCAUAGGGUGCCUCUGAAUCUGAGGACAGUAGAUGCUCAGCAGCUGUUUUCAAGUAAAGACAGCUGAAGUCACUUGUUGGAGCGUCUGCAAACUCUGGCUACAGCUGCACUUGUCAGAAGCUUUAAGGGAAGUGUAAUCAGCCGCAGAGAUUAAUUUGCAUCUCAAUUAGAAGAGAGUCAGGAGGAAGCACUGAAGUCUGUUGCUGGAAGGUUAGAGAAGAAAUCUCAUCAGGCACAAAAGGCCCUAACAUUUAAUUCUUCAGCUGAGUGGAAGACAAUGUAUGAGAUUUAGUUUCCAUGGGGACUAGAGACCCGCUGAGCCAUUGAAAAAUCUUAGCAGUUUGCACUGUAAUCAUUUUGAUCACGACAAAUUCUUCUCCCUAAAUUCAACUGGGACAAAUAAAACUUUCUGAAAGUAA